AUGGCCCCCCAGGCGCCGCUGCGCCUGGAGGUGGUGGGGCUGCUGCGGGACGUGGCUUUCCACGUGGCCAAGGGCACGGCGGAGGCUCUGAAGAUGAAGUUUCCAAGCAAGUUUGCAGACCCUGUCAUACGUCCUCUGUUUGAGUUUGCCUGGCAUGAAUAUUUACAGGAGAAGAAGAAGGAGCUGCGCGGGGAGACGUGGGCCUACGAGGCGCCCGUGAUGUGCUUCGCGGGCGGCCGGCUGCUGGGCGACGAGCGGCGGCUGCUGCGCUGGGCCUCCCGCGAGUGGGACCACCGCGACUUUACCUCCCCGGCGCUGUACCAAGCGCUUACGGAGGACUUCUGCACCAAAUACAUGAAAAAUAGCCAGCAUGUGUUUGUGUACUUGGAUAUCGCCAUUCGGGAAGAGCCCGUCGGUACGCUUUUAUUUGAGCUCUUUUCUGAUGCGUGUCCCAAAACGUGUGAGAAUUUCCGCGUUUUGUGUACAGGGGGCGGAAAGUCGUCUUCCAGCGGACUCGAGCUCACUUACAAAAAUUCCGUCUUUCAUCGAAUAGUAAAAAACGGAUGGAUCCAAGGAGGAGACAUAGUAGCUGGAAAGGGAGACGAAGGAGAAUCAAUUUAUGGUCCCACCUUUGAAGAUGAAAACUUCUCCAUCCGUCACAGCAAAAGAGGGAUCCUGGGCAUGGCCAACAAGGGCCGCCACAGCAACGGCUCGCAGUUCUACAUCACCCUCCAUCCAGCUCCCUACCUGGACAAAAAACACGUGGCUUUUGGGCAACUGAUUGAGGGCACAGAGACUCUUCAGAAACUGGAAGCUGUGUCCACGUAUAACGAAAGGCCUGUUGAAGAAUGUAAGAUCAUUAAAUGUGGGGUCUUUGAGCCAUGAUUACAAGCCAGUUUUCCUUCAUGCAGAAAGGUAGACUGCUAUUUUCUGGUUUGUUUUUUACAGAGUUUGAAAGCUUUUACUUAACAAGUCAAAAAUAAAAGCACCUC